GGAACCAAAUGCUUUGGUCUAGUGCUCCUACCCGGACGUAUUUUCCAUCGCGCAGUUCUCCUCACGGCAGACAGGAGGCAGCUGCUUCAUGCUUCCUACUACAAGAAUUUAGACAGAUAACAUUGCACUGGGAAAAUGUAUCAUAACUUUUAAACAUCGAGUUAAACAGUCUCCAUCCGUAGAAGAAGGAUCCACCCCAAACCGGUUAAUUUUCAGUGCCAAGAUGUUCGAGAAAGCAUUUCGUGUGAAGUCCAACACAGUGAUAAAAGGAUCUGACAGGAGAAAGUUAAGAGCAGAUAUCUCUGCGUCUUUUCCAGCCCUCUCGCCAGAUGAGCUGUCUGAGCUUGUUCCCAACAAAGAUGAAUUGAACGUGGUGAAAGUGUAUGCACACAAAGGGGAUGCCGUCACAUUCUAUGUACUCCACAAGAACCCCAUCUUCUUUCAGAUUGAGAAGCACAUUUACCCUACAGUGUACACCCUGUGGAGGUAUCCCGAAAUGCUCCCAGCUCUCAGAACCUGGCCAGCUGUUCUGCAGAAGUUAGUCGGUGGAGCAGAUCUUAUGCUUCCUGGAGUCGUGGUGCCUUCCUGUGGUCUCCCUAAGGUUGACCGUGGAGACUGCUGCGCCAUCACGGUGGUUGGAAACAGAGCUCCAGUUGCCGUGGGAACUGUUACUAUGUCGACCUCGGAUAUGAUGAACAGUGGCAUGAAAGGCAGGGGACUGAAUGUCAUCCACACCUACAUGGACCAACUGUGGGCAUUUGGUGACAAGACUGCUCCGCCCAUCAUCGCCAAUGCUGAGGAAACGGCGGAAGCAUUAGCAAGGGAGGACAGUGGGGAGGAGGAAGAAGGAGGAGGAACCGGAGAGGAGGAGGAGGGAGGAGGUGAACUUCACCCGGGACCUGAAGGCAUGGGCCUGACAGACUCCAACUCUACCUGUCCAAACAUCCAGGAGCUCAGCCUUGCUGAGGGAGACACAGAGAAGGGAGAAGGAGUUGGAGGAGAGGAGGAGGAGGAGGGCGACGACGAACAGGACUCCAGGUCUCCUCAAGAGCAAAUGGAUGAGCUUCUGCUGCAGUGUUUCUUCCACGCCCUGAAGGCCAAGGUGAAGAAAGCAGACCUCCCCCUGCUGACCAGCACCUUCCUCAGGAUCCACAUGGUCUCCUGCUGCCCGGGUGGGAGACAACUCGAUAUUAAGAAAUCCAGCUACAAAAAGCUGUCUAAGUUUCUGCAGUGCAUGCAGAAGGACCACCAGCUGGUGAAGGUGAAGGAGCUGAGCAAAGGGGUGGAGAGCAUCGUGGAGGUGGACUGGAAACACCCCGAACUGCGGUCUUUCGUCGCACCAGAGGAUGGUGGUUCAGUGGAUGGCCCAAACGAGGGAGGAGGAGGAGGUGUAGGAGGGGGGUGUGAGGUGCCAUACCAUCCCCCUGAGAUCACUGCCAUGUACAUGGUUACGGCUCGCCUGGAGCCUCUCUUCACAGACGCACAGAAAAGGAAGGGAGCAGCACUGCAGGCUGCAGAGGUGAGGUCCAUCAUCACCGACUACGUCAAGAAGAACGACCUGGUUGAUGAGAACAACAAAAAUUUCGUCACAAUUAACCCCGCCCUAUGUGACGGUUUGCUGGAAAAAUCAGAGUACAAUGAAAUAGCGAAGCUGAAAUGGGACGACCUCUUCACCAGAACGCUAGGCAAGAUGCAGCAGUGCCAUCAGCUGCAGUUGCCAGGGCAGCGAGCGGUGGUGAAGAAGGGGGCCGUGGAGCCCAUAGACAUCUCUGUGGCCUCCAGGGGAUCCAACAAGAAGGUGACCAUCAUCAAGAACCUGGAGGUGUUUGGGCUGGACCCCUCAGCCGUGUCGGCCGCCCUGCAGCACCGGGUCCAGGCCAGCGCGGUGCUGCACCCGGCCCCCGGCGCCAAAGACCGUGUCCUGGUCCAGAUCCAGGGGAGCCAGAUCAACCACGUGGGCAAGCUGUUGCUAGAUGAAUACCAUAUCCCUCGAAAGUACAUCCAGGGGCUGGACAAAGUACCAAAGGCUGGCAAGAAGAAGUAGCGCUUCACCCACACCUCAAUGAACUCAUCCGCUGCUGCAUAGUCAUGUCUUACACACAUUUAGCUCAUCAUGACCAUAGAGUUGAAAACUACAUGCCAUGUUCAGCCUUUAAGCGUGGCCCAGUCCUGAGCGCCAUCAUCAAAGACAAUACAGGAAGUGGAAUAGAAUCCUACUGUCUCUGCCGCCAUCUUUGGCCAGUAUCAUGAUACUGUAUUUCUCAUAGAUGUUAUCGCCUCUUACAAGAUAAUGUGCAUAUUGCCUUGUCACCAGUUGAUGACGGCAAUAUGCCUUAAUAUAUCCAAACAUGGCAGCGGUCUGACAUUGGUUCUAAUACAAAGGAGUGGUCAGCGCGGUAUUUAGUGUUCACAUCUAUGAUCGUGAUGGUCAAAACGCUCCGACAAAAACUUCAGUCCCAGUUGCGAAACCUCACAUCCACCACACACUCCUGGAGCGUUAAUAUGUGUGAGUGAGUGUGUGAGCGUACUGUUUGCACCGGACAUCAGACACAUCUUCAAGACAUGUCAAGUGAAAUAAAGCACCUCCUUCAUUCUGGCA